AUGGCGAAAACAGGAUCUCACUCGAUCUGGGGUCUUUCAACACUCAUCAUCGGAGACACACCUUUCCCAGAAUUCAGUGUGGUGGUCAUGCUGGACGACAUCCAGCUGUUUUACUAUGACUCUGAUGUGGGGAAGCUGAUCGAUAGAACAUUGCAAUCCAAACACGGCCACGAAGAGCAGCAGGACGCUAAACACAUUUUUGGAGAGCAGCACCAAAACAUGAAGGAAAGAGUUUUCUUCUUUAGACAUCUACUCAACAGCACUCAUGAACACAUACAGUGGAUGCUUACAAAUAUAUACAGCCCCACCCGCAUCAAAACGCUGAAAAAUCACCUUAAUGCACAACAAAAUUAUAUGAGAAGAAGAGCUAAGCCAACUAAUGAGGAGGCAUUCCUGAAAGACAGGUUGUCUUUAGGCUGCGAUUGUAAUCGUGAAACAUACUCCCAGAUAAAUGAAUUUAUAGUAAAGGUUUUUGACGUCUCAUCCACUGCAGUGAAGCCCAGAGUUCGGCUCCUCCAGAAGAGACUCCCAGACUCUGGAGGGGUCAGAGUGACCUGCCUGGCCACUGGCUUCUACCCCCGUCACAUCAACCUGACCCUGCUCAGAGACGGCCAGCCUGUGCCUGACCACCAGAUCACUGGGGGGGAGCUGCUACCUAAUGGAGAUGAGACGUACCAGAUGAGGAAGAGCCUGGAGGUCAGCACAGAGGAGCUACAGCAGCAUCACUACACCUGCACAGCCCAACACCUCAGCCUGGACAACAAACUGGAUUUUGGAUUAGAGGAUGAACCAGAAGGGCCUUUAGUGGCCAUGGUGCCAUCUACACUAGUGUCACUGGUGCUAGGUGUGACAGGAGUCACUACUGGAUUCAUUCUAUUGAGAAAGAGAAACCGAUGUACGCAAACAUCAAGUAUAUCAACCUCCUCCUAUACAGUGGCCUCAAGCACCGUACAGGAAGACACAACAACAGGAAAUGCUUUAUAA